GACCCAUCGGAACCCACGCGGGCGGAACCGGCUAGUGCUCCACUGCAGGAAUACUCGGAGGAGUUCGGGGGAAGUUGUGAGGCCAAAAGUCUGCCGCAGUUGUCGGAGCGUCGCUCAGUGAACAUGUCUCGCGGGGACGCGUCGGAUCACAGCCGGAGGUUCUGCGUCUUGUCUUGGGACCAGGUGCAGCGCCUGGACUCGAUCCUGGGGGAGGCUGUUCCCAUUCACGGCCGAGGAAACUUCCCCACCCUGUCCGUGAGACCCCGGCAGAUAGUGCAGGUGGUGCGAGAGAGGCUGGAGGAGAGAGGCGUGUGUGUGAAGGACGUGAGGCUCAACGGUUCCGCGGCCAGCCACGUGCUCCAUCAGGACACCGGUCUGGGCUACAAGGACCUGGAUCUGAUCUUCGGCGUGUCCCUGAAGGACGACCAGGCCUUCCGUCUGGUGAAGGACGUGGUGCUGGACUGCCUGCUGGACUUCCUGCCUCCUGGCGUAGCCAAGGAUCGCAUCUCGGCACUGACUCUGAAGGAGGCCUACGUUCAGAAACUGGUGAAAGUGUGCAACGACGUGGACCGCUGGAGCCUCAUCUCGCUGUCCAACAACACUGGCAAGAACGUGGAGCUAAAAUUCGUGGACUCGCUGCGACGGCAGUUUGAAUUCAGCGUGGACUCGUUCCAGAUCUGCCUGGACUCUCUGCUCCUGUUCGACCGCUGCUCGGAGACGCCCAUGUCCGAGAGCUUCCACCCCACCGUGGUUGGCGAGAGCGUGUACGGGGACUUCAGCGAAGCCAUGCAACACUUGUGUCAGAGGACUAUUGCCACACGAAACCCGGAGGAGAUCAGAGGAGGCGGAUUACUCAAGUAUUGCCACUUGCUGGUGCGAGGGUUCCGGCCCUCGUCCGAGGCGGACAUGAAGCAGAUGCAGCGCUACAUGUGCUCGCGCUUCUUCAUCGACUUUCCGGACAUUGGAGAGCAGCAGAGGAAGCUGGAGGCCUACCUCCAGAACCACUUUGCCGGGAUGGAGCACAAGCGCUACGAGUGCCUGAUGACUCUGCACCACGUGGUGAACGAGAGCACCGUCUGUCUGAUGGGCCACGAGCGGCGCCAGACGCUCAGCCUCAUCUCCAUGCUGGCGCUGAAGGUGCUGGCUGAGCAGAACGCCAUUCCCACCGUGACCAACGUCACCUGCUACUAUCAGCCGGCGCCGUACGUGCAGGACAUCAACUUCAGUAACUACUACAUCGCUCACGUGCAGCCGCCGCAGCUCUCGCCGUGCGCCAGCUCCUACCAGACGUGGCUGCCCUGCAGUUGAAGCGUGGCGGCGGCAGAAGAACACAAACUUGCCAAAUGUGACUAAAACAAUCCAGUACUGCUGUACUUCUGAUGAGCCAACACAAACAUCUGAAUGAUUGCUGGUCAUUUCUGAGAUGUAGCGAAUAAUGUCUUAUUUAAGUUUAUAAAAAUGAAGCUUUAUAAACGUGUGUAUGUUAGGAAUUACAUUUUUAGGAUCAAUGUUAAGCUGGUUUUUCUUUUUCUUAUACUCUAGCUUUGUUUUCCUAACAACAUACCGGACCAAAGAUUUUUUUUUUUUUCCUUGUUGCUCAGAAAAAAAGGGAAUUGAUUGUUGAUUCCAAGUGCCUUUUGAAAAGUUCUUAAAAUAUCUGUCAAGUGUUUUUCUAGAUCACGUUUUUUUUCCUGUUCAGGAGAAUAAGCAUUUCUGUGAGAUUAAACAUUUGGAAAACUCAAUAGAAUCAGUGCCUGAUUUGUUUUUUGUUUUUUCAGGGGCUAAAAUGUGUUUAUUUUUUAUCAUGGCUUGUUUUUAUCAACUUGUUUUAUUUAAAAAAAUGAGGCUAACACAGGAUGUUUAGUUGUACUGUUUAGUCAAUACACUUGGCAAAGAGUAAAUAUUGCUCAUUAUUUUAGUUCAAACACCUUACAAAACAACAGGUUGUGACUCACCAUGUUUGACACGAGCUAAAGAUGUUAGCUUAGCAUUGUGAGUGGGGGAAACAUCAGGCUAUUUGGGUAAA